AUGUCUAAUAAGGAGCGCCAGCUCCAACGGCUCGUUUUUGGAACCCUGUAUCCUGCGUACUACUCCUACAAAGCUGUCAAGACAAAAAAUGUCAAGGAAUAUGUCAGGUGGAUGAUGUACUGGAUUGUUUUUGCCCUCUAUACAGUAGUGGAGACCAUCACUGACCUGACACUGGCAUGGUUUCCAUUGUACUAUGAGCUGAAGGUAGCGUUUGUAAUUUGGCUCCUAUCCCCUUACACCAGAGGAGCAAGUCUCAUUUACAGGAAAUGUUUGCACCCCCUACUGUCUUCUAGAGAGAGGGAAAUCGAUGAGUAUAUCGUGCAGGCCAAGGAAAAAAGUUAUGUGACAAUGGUGAACUUCGGCAAGCAGGGGCUCAGCAUUGCAGCCACUGCUGCUGUCACUGCAGCUGUCAAGGGACAGGGUGCCAUCACAGACAAGCUGCGGAGCUUGAGCAUGCAUGACCUUACACAGAUCAGUCAGCAAGAUGGCAGAGGAGACAACCCGCUGUAUCAGUACAGCUCCCGUGCUGCCAAUCCAUCCGUCCGACGAGCUCAGAGUGCUGAUGCACCUGAUAAUUCAGAAUACUUCUAUGACCAGGAUGACAGGAGCGAUGACGAGGCCGAACCAAUUUUCUCUGAAGAUGAGGCUGUUACUCAAAAAGGACUGAGGCGAUCUCAGAGUGUGAAGCUGACACGGUCCAGAAUCCGUAAAGAUGCUCGGUAUGGAUCCCUCAAGAUUAAGGGGAAGAAAAGACCAGCAUUGAGUUCACUAAACUAUGGCGUGUGA